AUGCCCUUCUCAUCAGCUAUUCCUCACGUUAUUAUCAUGUGGGCAGAAUUUUUUACAGGGAUUACAGUGAAUGGAUUUCUUAUCAUCAUCAGCUGUAAUGAACUAAUCAAGAUCAGAAAGCUAACACCAAUGCAACUCCUUUUAAUAUGCAUAGGGGGGUCUAGAUUUGGUCUGCAGACGGUGUUAAUGGUACAGGGUUUUUUCUCUGUGUUCUUUCCGCUCCUUUAUCAGGAAAAAAUUCAUGGCGCAACGCUGAUGUUCCUUUGGAUGUUUUUUAACUCCGCCAGUUUCUGGUUUGCCACCUGCCUCUCUUUGUUUUACUGCUUCAAGUUAAUAGGCUUCACUCAGUCCUGUUUUCUCUGGCUGAAAUUCAGGAUCCCUAAGUUAAUGCCGUGGCUGCUCUUGGGAAGCCUGCUGGCCUCCCUGGGCACUGCAGCUCUGUGUGUCAAGAUGGAUUACCCUGGAAACACAGAGGGUGGUGUCCUCAGGAAUGUCACGCGAACUGGGGGUAAACUCAAGUUAAAGCACACAGACGAAGUGCUUCUUGUGAACUUGGCACUCAUAUUCCCUCUAGCUGUAUUCGUGGUGUGCACUUGUAUGCUACUCCUUUCCCUCUGCAAGCAUGCUCGCCGGAUGCAAGACAGAUCUCGUGGUUUGGGAGGUGUGAGCAUGCAAGUCCACAUCAAUGCCUUAAGAAUGAUGCUAACAUUCUUCCUCUUCUUUAUUUCUUAUUUUGGCGCCUUCAUGGCAAACCUGACCUUCAGCUUUCCUUACAAAAUGCAGCACUUUGUGGUAAAGGACAUAAUGGGAGCAUAUCCCUCUGGCCAUUCAGUUGUAAUCAUCUUGAGUAAUUCUAAAUUCCAACAACAAUUCAGGAGACUUCUCUGCCUCAAAAAGAAUUAA